AUGGCUGAUCUUGUCUCGAACACUGGCGCUAUUGUUGCCGGUGCUCUGGCUUUGCUCAGCGUGAAGUGGUAUUUUUCGGAGCCCGAUCUCUCAGCGAUACCAACUGUCGGAUACUCGAAUCCUAUACUGUCAUACAUCACCGCAGUCCAAUACAUCUUCAACGCACCGAAGCUGAUUCAGGAGGGAUAUGACAAGUACAAAGAUGGCAUCUUCAAGGUCGCGACAUUGGACCACUGGGAGGUUAUAGCCAAUGGCCGUCAAGCAGUUGAAGAGAUGCGUCAAGCCCCAGAUGACGUCCUAUCCUUUCACGAAGCCGUUAGAAGAACACUUCAUGUAGACUACACGAUGGGCCCUGCUAUCGCACAAAAUCCCUACCACAUUGCCAUCGUCCGGCAGCAGUUGACUCGGAACUUGGCGGCACUCUUUCCGAGUGUUCGAGAGGAGCUUGCGCAGGCCUUCAGUGACAAUAUCCCCAUAGAUGGAGAUGCAUGGGUUAGUGUCGGGCCUACGCUGAAGACCAUGAUGCAGAUCGUGUGCCGCACGAGUAACCGUGUUUUUGUCGGCCUACCGCUUUGUCGGGAUCCAGAUUUUCUGAAGAUCAACAUCGAGUUUACGAUUCAGGUCGUCAAGGCGGGCGCGAUGAUAAAUAUGUUUCCUGACGUUCUAAAACCUAUAGCUGGAAGGCUUCUGACCAACGUACCUUCUUACAUCAACCGCUCCAUCAAGCAUCUUCAACCUAUCAUCGAGGACCGGAGACGGCAGAUGAAGGAGCACGGAGAUGAUUGGAAAGGCAAGCCUAAUGAUAUCUUGAUGUGGCUCAUGGAAGAGGCGAAUGCAGAUGAACAAGACGUACGAAGUCUGACUCUGAGAGUCCUGACCGUCAACUUCGCGGCUAUUCACACCUCGUCCAUGAGCUUCACCCAUGCGCUUUACCAUCUGGCAGCCAAUCCAGACUGUAUUCAAUCUCUUCGAGAGGAAGUCGACGCAGUGAUUGCCUCAGAAGGCUGGACGAAGACCGCCAUGCAGAAGAUGCGCAAAGUGGACAGCUUCCUCAAGGAGUCUCAACGCGUUGACGGCCUUGGUGCUCUUGUUAUGGGACGUAUCGCACUGAAGGACUUCACAUUCUCCAAUGGUUUAAAGGUGCCGAAAGGCGCAUUCUUGUCAUGCGCAGCCAGAGCACUGCACAGUGACGAGGAAAUCUACGAUCAUCCUGACGUCUUCGACCCGUUUAGGUUCUCCAACGUACGCGUACAAGGACACGGAGAGGAGACGAAGCACCAACUGGUCGCCACAGCGACCGAUUUCGUCGCUUUUGGCCACGGCCGUCAUGCCUGCCCUGGAAGAUUCUUCGCUGCCAACGAGCUAAAAGCUAUGCUGGCACACGUUGUUUCGGAGUAUGAUGUCAAGCUGGAGGACAACAAGUAUCCACAAAACUUCUCUGUGGGCUCUGCGCUCGUCCCCGGGACUGUGAAUGUCCAGUUUAGGACUCGAAGGCGGUCAUCUGCUUAGAUACUGAUCCAUGUUGGUGCUGACUGCACGCCGAGCUUCUAUUUUCUUCGUAAAUCUAAGCAUAUUCAUGAUAGCCUGUCCUGACGUGGAGGGCCACUAGCGUUGAAUAAAAUCCGACUUUCUGUUGCUUUGGGUUUUUAGGCCAAGCGACGAGUUCC